UUGUGUCACUAGUCUGAAGAGAAAUAGAGAGCAGAGGGUUUCUUCUAGAACUUUAUAUAAAUUGCUCUCUACGCAAGCUACUUGUGUGUGUGUGUGUCAACUCUCCAGCCGUCGUCUCUCUCCGUCUCAGAAAAUGUCUCGCAACUGCCAUCCAGAUUGCCAAAGAGCAGCCGCUGCCAAAGAAGAAGAUGAUUCUGCUGAAAGAGCCGCUACGGUAGCAGCUAACCUUAUCAGCACUGCGCGUCUGAUCCUCAAGCUGGACCGUGAGUUUACAGAGUACUCAGCUCAGUUCCUGGUGGACAACGCUCUCGUCGAGAAGGAGCCAGCGCAGGGUCCACACCCCUCCACGCUUAAGAUCGAGGACUGCAUUGAGUAUCUGGUGAACAUGGCUUCUCCCAAGACAGAGGCCGAGCUGGAAGAGAUGGAGAAAGAAAGACAGCGGCGCGCCAGGAUAACUGUCAAGGACUGCCUCGAGUGCGCCUUCAAGGAAGGGAUACCGAGAUACGAACACUGGGGGCACUUGGGAUGUGUUUCCAAGGUUCCCCCGUUUGCUGCUCUGAUGCCUCGCGUUCCCGUGAAAGGAGAAGUGGUCGAGGCUAAGGAGCUGAAAGACGCGUUUAAGUUGUUGCAGGAUGGACCGGUGGGAGCAAAGCUGCAUGUCUUCGCUCCUGAGAUCGAUCUUGUCGGAGAAAAUGGAGUUUACGAUGCCCCGUCAGUUGGUGGAACAAGCUACGUUGGGCUUAGGGACGUGAUCCUUGUAGCAGUAGACAAGAUCAAUGGAGAAGCAGUUGGGACUGUGAAGAUUCGCUACAAGAAGAAGACUCGGUACAUCAAUGUGUCUUUGCGCCGUAUGUUCACCACACUAGCGCACAAAGGCGACGAGUCUCAGACCAUUGCGCCGACGGGUCUUCUCGUUGACUUCAUCAUCCCUCGCUUGUCCAAGUGAAUAACCAAGAUCUUCGAUGAUCUUGUGGUAAGUAUCUAAGUAAACCAGAUCUUAGGAUCUUUGGUUAGUAUCUAGAGAGAACAAUAUGGUAUGUAAUAAGUGAAGUAUUGUGAAAACCUUAUGCUGUUUGUUUGACUUUUGUUUAUCGUUUGAUGUUUGUCUGUUUCUAGGAGACUCUUAUCUAUCUAUCAGUAAAGAAGUUAUGAUGACUACUUUAUAAGA